UUACAGCAGCAGUGGAGAAUGGAGAUCCUGUAUAAAAGGUGUCCCUGGCAUGGGCUCUUCACCCAAUCUGCCUCCUCAAGGACAAGCUGACCAGUGCCUGUGAUUUGGGCUGAACACACACCAAGAUGUCCUGCCAGCAAAGCCAGCAGCAGUGCCAAGCCCCUAAGUGUCCUCCCAAGUGUCAGACCCCUAAAUGCCCACCCAAAUGCCCCCCUAAAUGCCCUCCCAAGUGCCCUCCCCAGGCUCCCUGCCCUCCUCCAGUCUCUUCCUGCUGUGGCUCUAGCUCUGAGGGAUGCUGCAGCUCUGGGGGAUGCUGUGGGUCCAGCUCUGGGGGUUGCUGCAGCUCUGGCUCCGGGGGUGGCUGCUGCCUCUUUUCCCAUCACAGGAGAUCCCACAGACGCAGGCACCAGAGGUCUGACUGCUGUGACAGUGGCAGUGGGCAUGGCCAGCAGUCUGGGGGCUGCUGUGGCAGCUCUGGGGGUUGCUGCUGAUCACCUGAUUCUCCCUACACCAAGAAUCAGCAACAUGGAAUCCAAGACCAACAAUGACCCUCCUUCAGUCUGCAGUUUCCCCUACUCCUCCCUCCCAACUCUCCUAGCUCCUUCCUAAGAUUACCUGUAUGAAUCCUGCUUCCCAUAAGCCCUUAAUCACCUUAUACCUUGAAUCUACCUGGCCUUGGUUACACUACACUUCCUCGGUCAUUUACAGCAAUAAAUCUGUGUUCACAGCAA